AUGCUUGACCAGUUGAGACACCAGAGAUCUAAGCACCUGCAAGACCAUCGGGACCGAGCGAAUUCAGUCAGGGGUAUGGAGGAACUUGUCGCAGAUAUUCGAGACCUGCCUGGUUUUGAAGGCUUUCAGCUCCCCCCUCGGUCCGACGAAUUGAUGGCUAUGGCUAUUGAAGGGCCGAUUGUAACUUUUCUUUGCACAAAGUUCAGGAACGACGCAAUUAUCGUGACCGCUACCUCAAUCAAGUCUCUUAUGCUACCGCAAUUGAUUUACGAAGAUGCCGAAUCGUGGAUGAGAAAGAUACCGACACUUGUGCGCAUUGCAAGAUCCAAGUAUGGAGAAAACAAUUCCCAAAUGGACAAACUUCUGUCGUGGUUAUGGGAUUCUGCAGUAGCGCCUGUACUGAACGAGCUGCAGCUGAAAAUGUCGGGCGACAAGUUACCGCGGGUUUGGUGGAUUGGCACCGGAGGUCUAGCUAUGGCUCCGUUUCACGCUGCUGGUAGACACUCGCGCCGCUCCACUGAAAACACCUACAGCCACGUUAUAUCUUCCUACAUCCCAACCAUCAAGGCAUUAUCCUAUGCCCGCCGGAGAAAACCGCAACUGUUGAGCAGACCCGGCUCAUCCCUCCUCGUGGUUACUAUGCCAACGUCCCCAGCACAGAAUACAUUAUUAGGAAGCUCCCUGGGUACCAAGCAGUUCACUUUGCCUGUCACGCUGUUUCUGACUAAUCUCGGCUGCGAAUAUUGA